GACACAUUUUGAGGUCCAGUUUCGUUACCUCGAAAGCGAAAAGGCGGUAGAGUGAUUAUCUUGAAGAUGGGUUUGUGUGCACAACUUGACAACUGUUUUCCGUCCAGUAUACGUCGUUAUGUAGGACUUAUUCUCUGUAUUCUGGAUUUAUUAUUUUUUGGAGGAUAUCACUAUGGAUUUAAUUCCCUAAUUGGUAUUUACAAAUCCUUGGGUUUAUUCGCUUACAACUGCACACAAUCUGGUUGUAUGUACGACGAAGAUAUGUUUGGAAUCAGCUUUAACGUAUGGUUUGUUUCACAUUUGUGCCUCAUUACAUUGGCCGGAAUAUUUAUGGAUAGAGUUGGAUUGAGACCUUUAAAACUGGUUUCGACGUUAGUGUAUGCUGCCGGUACUGUUAUGUUUGCUUUUACAACUGGCAAAGUGGCACCACUUUUCUUUACUGCUGGUGCUCUGGUUGCACUAAGUAGUAUAUGCAGCCUAAUUUGUAAUCAACAAAUUAGUUCAAUGUUCCCACAUUUUCGUGGAAUAUGCAUAUCACUUAUUUCCGGAGCCUUUGAUUCGAGUACAGUUGUAGCGUAUGCUGUAUCGAAAUAUCACCCCUAUUUUUCACUUCAGUGGUCAUUUAUAUCUUUAUCAAUAGGUUCAUUUAUUAUGGGUUUGUUCAUAGCAAUGUUCAUUCUCACUAUGAAGUCAGUAGAUAUGGAGAAAUUUGCAAAAACUGAAGUAACGAAAUCAGUUUUUCAGUCACGAGAAAGUUGUUUGGAAGAAUCAUCAUCAGUUGAUGUUGACAAAGAACUGUCGAAUGUGAUUGAUGAACGUUUCCCAACACUGAGAAAAUGCAUCUUUUCAGCUUCGUAUGCAUUGAUUAAUUUAUGGAUUACUCUUGGCUUAUUUCGUUUUGCCAUAUUCUUAAGUCAGUUAUACAGACAACUAGUUCAUUUGUUUCCAACAGAUAAAAAACUAGUUGAACAUCUGUUAGAAGUGUCUUCAGUUUUCUCAAUGUGCGGCUUUUUCGCAGCACCUGUUUCUGGAUUAAUUAUUGAUUUUUCUUUGAGGUGUUCACGUGAUAAAGUGGCAAAUAUACUGAUUAGUAACAAAUUCAAUGUAUCUAAUAGAAAAAUGUAUUAUAAUUACAUUAGUGGCUUAGUACCUGCAAUGACAAUAAUGUCCAUAUUUGCUGUUAUUUUAAGUACAAUGAUGUUUAUUCCCAACACGGUUGCAAUUUAUACAGCAUUUGUCUGUUUAGUUAUUGUUCGAUCAUUAAUGUUUAGCGCAUAUGUCAGUUAUUUGUUGACAGGUUUUCCAAUACGUUAUUUUGGCACAUUAAAUGGUAUUUCAAGUGUCAUAUCUGGUUUAUUCAGUCUGUUACAACAUAUUUUUCUGCACACAAGCGGUACUGUGGCUAACUCAGUGUCGAUGGCAGCGUCUAUCGGUUUAUUUAUUACACCUUUUGUACUACUGAUGUUAAGACGUUAAAUAUGUUUUGCAAAAGGUUAAUUUAUGGGUUUCUGAUUUAUUUAUUUCAAAUAUUUUACAAAACUAACUAUGAUUGUUCCACUUAGCUUUUGUUUUUGUUCCACUUGCACAUAUUUAAUCAAAUGGUUCAUCUAAUCCUCCCUCCCUUGAUGCCCUCUUCCAAAACUGCCCAUUUUUGUGCUUCAUGCGAGCAUGAAUUUUGUGACAUUUAAUUUUAAUUUUAAAAAAAAAUAUAAAUAAGUGAAUGAGAAAAGCAAUAAAAUUUUGUACCGAUCUCUCUGGGAUUUCAAUCUAAUUAUCGUACUGCUUACGUGAUUUCUAACCAAUUAUUCACAAUAUUUUUCAGCCGAAACAUAUUGAUGGGUUCAAUAAACAUUGUUUUGAAGUCUUU